AUGCCAGAUUCCCAACGUCCGACCUUGCGAACCCGUGAUUCACGUUCGGCUUCACCACCUUUAAGGGCCGAAGCUCUUCCAGCGUCUUUGAGAUUUGUUGGCUCCAACACUUCUCAAAGCAACACCGAUAACCAUGGUGGUAGGAAGGAAGAAGAGAACGAUAGUGAUGAAGAAAUGGAACUCGGACCCCAAAAAACCGCCCAUUCUCCUACACCUACACCGUCUCCACCUCAUCAAUCUCCACCUUUGGAUCCCACCAAUCGAGAUCCUUUUCGAAGCACUCAGAAUCAGCUCAGCUCUGAAAACCAAUAUCAUGCAUCAGUCUGCCUCUUGCAGAAGACACGUCAAGAUAUGGACAACGUGGUGGCCCAACUCCGUUCGACUGCCAGCUGGAAGCCUGCCGCUGAUUUGGGGACUCGACUAACUAAGAUCAUACGUGAAACAUUGCAAGACCAUACGAUGGAAUCGUACACAUACAAAGUCGACUCAAACAAAAAGUUGAUACAAAGAUCCUUUGAAAAGAUAGCUAUGAACGCUAUAUUCAACCAAUCAACCUCAUGGAAAUCCGAAAACUUACCUCCAGACUUUGGAACCACGUUGACCGAUCUGAAACGACAUGAAGCAUUCAUGAAGUUUUUUGGAGCCAAAGUGAGGCAUGUCCGGGAUGACUUUAGAAUUGCUCUCUUGAACAAUAUGCUUGUCACUCACUCCAACGUAGAUGAACCUGCGCAGCCGGUCCCAAAGCUUUCCGAAUUGCUUUUACUGGUCAGUCAAGAUUUGAUCUCCUCUACACAAUACAAGUCAUUCAAAUUCUUGGUUCUUUGUCAAUCAUAA